UUCAUUUCAACGAGCAAAAUCAAUCAAGAACUCAAGAUUCCCGCCCAACGACCUCCGGAAAGAUCGCAGCGAACAAACUCCCUCUCUGAUCACGAUGAGAAAAUCGACGGCUCCGAUUCUCCUCCUCCUCCUCUUCCUCAUCUCACUCAUCCUCCACCACCGCCCCGCCGCUGCGCUCAUCGCCGACGAGCUCGACGCCGCGAUGACCUCCCUCCGAUCGCACGGCUACAACCUCCUCCCCAACGCCAUCGCCACCACGGAUCUCCGAUUCCGCCUCUUCUCCUCCAACUCCUCCCCCGCGUUCACGCUCUUCGCGCCCCCUGACCGCUUCCUCUACUCUCUCGACAUCUCCGCCGCCGCGCCCCGCUACGUCCGCUCCCUCCUCCGCCACAUCUCCCCCGCUCUGCUCCCGGCCAACUCCCUCCGCGGCCGGGGCGAUUCCUACAUCGACACUCUCCUCCCCGGGCACCGCCUCUUGAUAAUAGGCGGCUGCUGCUCCCCGCUCAUCCUCAGAAACGGCACCGUCGUGGACCAGUCGGUGUUGUCCGUGGACGGCGUCCGCGUCUCGGAUCCGGAUCUUUACGUCGGGUCGACCGUCGCCGCGCACGGACUCGCCGGGAUUCUCGGCGGAUCGGACGAAGAUGACCUGAAUUUCGAGGAGCUUGAUGACGGGGAAGGUUAUGGUUAUGGCGACGAUGGAUUCUUCUGGUAUCCGAGCUCUACUUGGCCGUCGGCGGGAAACCACGGUGCUUCUCAGGUGGAAAAUCGAUCGGCGGCGGCAGGGAUUGACGGCGUUGAACAUGGAAGAUUCUCGAAGCUCAUCCGACGAGGUACUGAUGGCAAUUGAAGUGAGGAAUUUUGCGUUCGGUCAGUUCAACGUGAUUGAAUUUUGUUUGGUUGCUGAGAAAAUUUUGGCACAGGGGGGAAAUUGGGGGAGAAUGGCUUUCAGUAGAAGGCAAAACUUUCUGCUGUGUGCAUAUCUUUUGGUACAUAGGCCAUAAUUUUCCUGUACAAUGAUGCAAAGCAAAAUGUUUGUUGAGUAAACUCCAUUGCUAUGAUGACAGUUUCUUGUAGCUAGUGAAUGAUUGGCUAUUUGAUCUUUUUCAGUUUUAACUCUCAUCAAUCCGUUGAAUAACUUAUCUUUAACUCGAAAAUUUUCGGGGCAUGGGUUGAGAUAAGGAAGGACGAAAUCGGUAUCAAUUCGAUCUCCAAUGAAGAUAAUAAUUUAGUGGAUACAAUCGAUUCAUAUGAAACAAGUACUACUUGUCCUGUGUGUAGCUUUUUUAAGUUUCAAACUUGAGAAUGGUUAACCCCAAAUAAUUCCAGACUCAUUCUCAAAAGUCAUAAAUCGAGAUCAUUAGUUCAUACCAAAUCUAAUUAUCCAAAUGUAAUUCCCAAUUCCCAAACCUAGACGAUUUGAUGAAGUAGAUUCAUAAUCAAAUCCAAUCUAUUAUGGAUUUAAAAUCCGUCAUGGACUUUGCGCAAAAUUAUUAUUUGCUUGAAGUUGGUGGGGGUAUAAAAUCCGUGGGGUUCAUAUACUUUAAAUAUCAAAAUCCGUAGGUUUAAUGAACUUACAAAUCUCAU